GCGCGCACCUCGCCACUCUGCACUUCGGCCAGCUCGACUUCGGCGAGACCGCCGUGCUGGACGCCUUCUACGACGCGGAUGUUGCAUUUGUGGAUAUGAGUGAUAUUUCCAAGCAGCCAUCACUCUUCUACCAUCUUGGAGUGCGUGAAAGUUUUGACAUGGCCAAUAAUGUUAUACUCUACCAUGACACUGAUGCAGACACAGCUCAGUCUCUAAAAGAUAUAGUAUCUCAGAAAAACACAGCAUCCAGUGGGAACUACUAUUUCAUUCCCUAUAUAGUAACACCUUGUGCCGAUUAUAUUUGCUGUGAAAGUGAUGCCCUAAGGAGAGCCUCUGAAUACAUGCAGCCUAAUUGGGACAAUAUCCUGGGACCUCUGUGUGUUCCACUGAUGGACAGGUUCAUCAGCCUUCUCAAGGACAUUCAUGUUACAUCAUGUGCAUAUUACAAGGAAACACUGUUGAAUGAUAUUAGAAAAGCUAGAGAGAAGUAUCAAGGAGAUGAACUGGCAAAAGAGCUGGCCAGGAUUAAACUCCGCAUGGAUAAUACUGAAGUCCUGACUUCUGACAUCGUCAUAAAUUUACUUCUUUCUUAUCGAGAUAUCCAGGACUAUGAUGCUAUGGUGAAACUGGUGGAAACAUUGGAAAUGCUGCCUACUUGUGACUUAGCUGACCAGCAUAAUAUUAAAUUUCACUAUGCAUUUGCAUUGAAUCGAAGGAGCAAUGCAGGUGACAGGGAGAAGGCACUCCAAGUGAUGCUUCAAGUGCUUCAAACAUGUGAUCAACCUGCUCCAGAUAUGUUCUGCCUGUGUGGGAGAAUCUACAAGGAUAUGUUCCUUGAUUCUGACUGUAAAGAUACCAGUAGCCGAGACAGUGCCAUUGAAUGGUAUCGCAAAGGAUUUGAACUCCAGUCAAGUCUGUACUCUGGAAUUAACCUUGCAGUUUUGCUACUUGUUGCUGGGCAGCGGUUUGAAACCUCUAUGGAACUGAGAAAAAUAGGUGUACGGUUAAACAGUUUGUUGGGAAGAAAAGGAAGCUUGGAAAAAAUGAACAAUUACUGGGAUGUGGGACAAUUCUUCAGUGUCAGCAUGCUUGCCAGUGAUGUUGGAAAAGCAGUACAAGCAGCGGAGAAGCUGUUUAAACUGAAGCCACCAGUUUGGUACUUGAGAUCAUUAGUCCAGAAUCUGUUGUUAAUCCAGCGUUUCAAGAAACUCACCAUAGAGCAUUCUCCUAGACAAGAGAGACUCAAUUUCUGGUUAGAUAUCAUUUUUGAGGCAACAGAAGAAACAACCAAUGGACUGAGAUUUCCAGUAUUAGUGAUAGAACCAACCAAGGUCUACCAGCCUGCAUAUGUGUCCAUCAACAAUGAAGAUGAUGAGAGAUCUCUCUCUCUGUGGCACGUCUCACCCACUGAAGUGAAGCAGAUUCAUGAAUGGAAUUUUACGGCCUCCUCCAUUAGGGGAAUAAGUAUAUCCAAGUUUGAUGAACGAUGUUGUUUUCUUUAUGUCCAUGACAACUCUGAUGACUUUCAGAUCUACUUUUCAACAGAGAGCCAGUGUAGUAGGUUCUGUGCCUUGGUUAAAGAAAUGUUGACAGAUGCUGUGGGCAACAAUUUGGAAUUAGAAGGAGAAACUGAUGGAGACACUUUGGAGUAUGAAUAUGACUAUGAUGAGAAUGGUGACAAAGUGAUACUAGGGAAAGGUACUUAUGGAGUAGUUUAUGCUGGAAGAGAUCUCAGCAAUCAGGUACGAAUAGCCAUCAAGGAAAUACCCGAGAAAGACAUCAGAUACUCUCAGCCUCUGCAUGAAGAGAUAGCACUGCAUAAAUAUUUAAAGCACCGAAACAUUGUCCAGUAUCUUGGAUCUGUUUCUGAAGAUGGAUAUAUUAAGAUCUUUAUGGAGCAGGUACCAGGAGGAAGCCUUUCUGUUCUCUUGAGAUCAAAAUGGGGCCCAAUGAAAGAACCCACCAUAAAAUUUUACACCAAGCAGAUCCUGGAAGGGCUUAAAUAUCUCCAUGAGAACCAGAUUGUGCACAGAGAUAUAAAGGGAGAUAAUGUCCUGGUGAACACAUACAGCGGUGUGGUAAAAAUUUCUGAUUUUGGGACUUCUAAACGGCUUGCAGGAAUCAAUCCAUGUACAGAGACAUUUACAGGUACUUUGCAGUAUAUGGCUCCAGAGAUUAUAGAUAAAGGACCUCGGGGAUAUGGAGCACCAGCUGAUAUCUGGUCACUGGGUUGUACUAUCAUUGAAAUGUCAACGGGCAAGCCUCCAUUUCAUGAACUGGGAGAGCCUCAAGCAGCCAUGUUUAAAGUUGGGAUGUUCAAAAUUCAUCCUGAAAUUCCAGAGUCACUGUCUGCUGAAGCAAGAGCCUUUAUUUUGCUCUGCUUUGAACCUGAUCCCCAUAAGCGUGUUGCAGCAUCUGAUUUGCUCAAAGACCCUUUUCUGAAGCAGGUGACCAAGGGCAAGAAAAACAGAAUCUCAUUCAAGCCAUCAGAUUAUAAUCGCAGUGUAUCUCUCCCAGUGCAAGUCCCUGGGGAACAGGCUGGAAGUAGCAGCAGUGAACAUGGGUCUGUUUCACCAGAUUCUGAUGUACAGCAUGACAUGUUCUUUGAAAAGACAAAGCGAUCUGUUUCAGAGAUUCAGACAAAGCAUCACAUUUCCAACCUACUGAGUGUUCCUGAUGAAAGCUCUGUGUCAGAAGAUCGAAGUGCUUCCUCCUCCCUUGAGGAUAAAGAUUCUGGGCUCUUUCUUCUAAGAAAGGACAGUGAGCGCCGGGCAAUUCUCUAUAAAAUUCUUAAAGAGGAACAGAAUAAAGUUGCUUCAAAUUUGCAGGAGUGUAUCACACAGAGUUCUGAAGAGCUGCAGCUGUCAGUCCCUCACAUCAAGCAGAUCAUUGGGAUUUUAAGGGACUUCAUACACUCUCCUGAGCACAGAGUGAUGGCCUCCACUAUAUCCAAGCUGAAAAUGGAUUUGGACUUUGACAGCACUUCCAUCAACCAGAUUCACCUGGUUCUGUUUGGCUUUCAGGAUGCAGUGAACAAGGUACUAAGGAAUCAUUUAAUUAGGCCUCAUUGGAUGUUUGCAAUGGAUAAUAUAAUUCGCCGAGCAGUCCAAGCCGCAGUCACUAUUCUUAUUCCAGAGCUUCGAGCUCACUUUGAGCCAGCCUCAGAGACUGAAGGUGUGGACAAAGAUGGAGAGGAAGUGGAGAAUAACUACCAGCCAGCUGAACAAAAUGGAAAUGAGGAGCCAGCUGUUGCAUCUGGAGUGAGCACGAUCAGUUCUGUGGCAUACCAUGACUCAAAGCAACGGCAGCUUAGCUUGGAAUUAGGCAAAAUUAAACAAGAAACCAACAGGCUUUUGGAAAACUUGGUUCAGAAGGAGAAAGAAUAUCAGUCCCUCUUACGACAAACUCUAGAGCAACGGACCCUGGAGUUGCACCUGCUUCAGUUGAAGUCCAAGCCUGCAGAAUUUCAAGAGCCUCUAUCAGAUGUCAGACAGAAUGUAGAUCCAGAGCUCAUCAACUGGUUGAACGAGCAAGGAGUGGACUCAGAUGCAAUAAAGAAGUUUGCUGAAGAGGAUUAUACUCUCAACGAUGUCCUGAAUAAUAUCACUAAAGAAGACUUGAGAUACCUCAAACUGCGUGGUGGUCUUGUCUGUAGAAUUUGGAAUGCAAUAUUAAGCCAUAGACAAAUGGGUGAUAAGCUCACAGACACAGAAGAUUAAGUCUUUGACAGAGAGAGCAAGUAAGGGGAAUGAAACACUGAAAUACAUUCCAAGUAAUUCUUACGCUAAAGGUUGUAUAUACUGUAUGUAUACUGGUCCUGGGGAUUUUGCACAACCAAAUGCCCUGUUUAACUAUUAGUAUAAUGCACAGUGAAUAUUAGCACAGCUUUCUUGAAGACAGUGGCUUCAUACACACAUUCAAACAAUCUGGGAGAAUUUUCCCUGCUUUAUCAUGGUAGAAAAACUUAACCACAGGCUCUCCAGGCUGCCUGGCAAGAGAUAACAGUAGUGCACAGUGACCCUGAUUGGCUGACCCAGACUCUCUCCCUGCAGCACACUAAGAGGAUUGGGAAGGGGUUCUCUGCUUGGCUGGGAGAGUAGAACCCAAGUGACACUGCCUCUGGGAGGAUGGGGUAGAGCUAGCAACAAAGCAUGUUGGCAUGCUGCAGGACUCCCAGUUGUUUCCAAGUUACUUUUCUCCUGCACAGGCCACUUUUGGGAGAAAAAUUCUGAACAGCUGAAUGCUCAUAAUUUCUACUGGGAGAGCAGCAACUCUCUUGGUAGAAACUGAAUGUCUAUAUGUGGCCAGUGUUAGCAGUUUUACCUGCUAGAUGCUUAAUAUUUUUAUUCUUAUAAUACCACUUCUAAUGAUGCACUUAAACUUACAAAUUUUUUGUAAAUAUGUAAUCAAGAAAUUGACUACUUGUCAAUAUACGAAUAACUGUAGC